AUGGAGAUACAGAUCCCAUAUUCCAUCAUCUUCACCUUCUUUUGCUUCUUCUUUCUGAUCCGCAAGCUAUCUUCUUCUUCCAAGAAACCCAUCAAAACCCUACCUCCAGGGCCAUGGAAAUUACCUCUCAUCGGAAACCUCUACCAACUUGUGGCUCACUGCCUCACUGCCUCAACGUUCUCUCACAAAUCUAGCAAACAAGUACGGGCCCUUCAUGCAUCUUCAACUUGGACAGAUAUUGCCGUUUCCCCAUAUGGAAACUACUGGAGGCAACUUGGAAAGAUUUGUGUUUUGGAACUUUUCUCAUCAAAGAGGAUUCAAGCUUUUAGAAGAAUAAGGGAAGAAGAGGCAUCGACGCUGGUGAGGAACAUCUCUGAACAUGAGGGUUCUGUCAUGAACCUCAGUAAAAAAAAUCCUGGAACUCAUGAACUCCAUAGUGGCAAGAAUGCAGAACAUGUCCUGCAAAAUUUAGAGCAGGUGACAAAGUUAAGCUCUGCAUUAUCAAUUUUCGAUUUCUAUCCUUCGCUAAAAUUUAUCAGUGUCAUCACUGCGGUGAGAGCCCGAAUGAUGAAGCUGCACAAAGAUGGAGAUAAAGUGUUCGAUCGAUGA